AUGGUUAGAACACGAGGUUUAGGUCGUGCGUUAGGAGCUAGUAAAGGUAGAGGCAUUAAUGAGGAUGCGCAUCAGGUUGAUGUUCCUCGGCGUCGCAGGCCUACUGCUUCAGCAUGUAGGCAACGGGUUUGUCUGCGUGAGGACGUCACAGAGAGACCUGAGGAUGUGCCUCAGUCGCAUGAGGAUGUUCCUCAUGUGUCUGAUGCCACCCCAGAGAUGACAGGCGCCGCCGAUGCUGUUCACACAGAGGGAAUGGCUACUGAUGGGAGCUUGGGGUCACUUGCUGCAGAUGAGGGAUUCCCCGGUGGACCACGCGACCCAUCGAUUUUGACCGGUUUUGCUGAGCAUGUCACACACAGCAUCUGGAGUGGCCAGGAACAACUUGAUCUGAAGUUGGUCUCCCAUGGUAGAAAAGUAGAUAAAAUUGGGAGACUAGCGCCUCAGAUCGAAGGCAUGAUUGAUGCCACCGAAUUGAGUCCACUGAUCAGGUGUUCUAUUAUCACCACUGAUCCUGGACUCAUAUCCGCCUUCAUCGAGAGGUGGCAUCGCGAGACUAGCACGUUCCACCUGCCAGUAGGCGAGUUGACGAUCACGCUGGAUGACGUGGCGUCACUCCUACACGUCCCCAUCACUGGCGCGCUGCAUAAGUUCGAGCCGCUGGUUACUUCAGACCCGAUUGGUCUACUGACGGAGCUUCUUGAGGUCAGUCAUGAGGAGGCUACAUUUGAGACUCGACAGGCUGGUAGGCCUCAUGUCCGGUUGGGGUGGCUUCAGGACUUGUAUGAGAGCCAGUGCAGGGCCAGACGAUGGGUUGUAGCAGCCCGAACGUAUCUGCUCCACUUGGUGGGUUGUACUCUUUUCGCCAACAAGAGUUCAACCCAUGUACAUGUCAUGCACCUAGAGGCUUUCAGGGACCUGGCCCAAGUAGGGGGAUUCUCCUGGGGAGCGGCUGCAUUAGUUCACAUGUACGAGCAUCUGAAUGACGCGUCGCAGGCCUCUACACGGCAGUUGGGCAGUUAUAUUAUACUUCUCCAGUGCUGGAUAUACGAGCACUUUCCUAUAGUGCAUACAUGCGUCGUUCAUGAUGCUUAUGAUGAGGGGAGCCCACGGGUCUGCAGGUGGCUUACGGGUAAGGCUCAUAUGACGGGGAUCAAGGGAGCCCCGUAUCGGAGACGUCUGGAUGCCCUGACUGUGACUGACGUGUGUUGGAUGCCCUAUGCUGAGCACCGGGGAGUCAGGGGCUUUGACUUGAUAUCGUCGUACACCGGCCAGCUCAGAUGGGGUCAGAUUGUGGUGUACGUUCGACCUGAGCGGACGGUCCCUCCGCCGCCGAUUUGUGAUUCUUUGACGGGUGAUGAUAUAGAUGACCGGUGGUUGCAUUUUUCAGACCAUUUGGUGCUUUCAGGGGAGCUCUGUGUAGUUCCUGGACCAGUGGCGCCAGACUACAUGAAGUGGUUUUUUCAGAUAUCGCACACGUUUGUCACGCGAACCGAGGAAACUGCUGAGCCGAGACAUCCACCUCCCCCUCAUGAUGAGGAGUUCGUCGAGCCACCCAUCCCCGAGGUUUCAAUCGCGUCCUAUCUCCCUACGCAUUCAGUGGUUGACUGCGAAGGAUGUCAGGGGAUGGCUGAGGAUUUAGGAGCGAUUGCUGAGGAUUUGGAGCGGGUCAUCAACCUCAGGAUGGUCACUGAAGGCACUGACUUAUAUGACAUCAUGACUCAUUGUCUGAGGAGAGCUAGAGGUGACGCCACAGAUGAAAGUCUUAGGCCACACCAAAGACGCUGCAUGGAUUAG